AUGACCGGCUUUUCUGCUUUACCCUUGCCUGAAGAACCCCUCCACGAUGAAUCCCGGUGGAUAGGAAGAGCCAGGAUUUUGGGACCCCCAUUGACACGCCUCCCCACUCUCACUGUCGGGCUUUUGGGAGUGCAGGUUUUAUGGUCGGUUGAGAUGUCAUAUGCUUCUCCCUACCUGUUGUCCUUAGGUCUAUCAAAACCACUAAUGGCAAUGGUCUUCCUUGCCGGCCCCCUCUCUGGCCUCAUCGUUCAGCCCUUGAUAGGUGUGCUAGCCGACCAUUCAAAGUCACGCUUUGGCAGACGGAGACCUUUCAUUGUUAUUGGUGCAGCAUUGUGCUGUGCUGCGACUCUUCUAUUCGGGUACACUCGUCCAUUAGCUACUCUAUUCACAAGGCCAGACUCGUCCUCAAACGAUUCACUCACCGUAUGGCUCGCUGUCCUAUCGAUAUACUGCAUAGAUUUUUCCAUUAACGCAGUGCAGGCUCUAGAUCGCGCUCUUUUGGUCGACACCCUACCCCCCUCAGAUCAGCCUAGUGGUAACGCAUGGGCUGCUCGAAUGCUGGCCGUUGGCAGUGUACUCGGAUUCUUCGUCGGAGAAAUAGAUCUUCCUCGAUGGCUGCCUUUCCUUGGCCGACUUCAACUAGAAGUCCUAGCAGUCAUCGCGUCUAUGCUACUGAUAUCCACUCAUUUGUUGACCUCCAUUUGCGUAAAAGAAAGGAUACUUGUGGCAACCGACUCCCGCGCCAAGGGACUGAAGAAAGAAAUUUACGACAUAUGGAACACUCUAACAAGAUUGCCUCGAGUAAUAAGACAAAUCUGUUAUAUCCAAUUUUUCGCAUGGCUAGCCUGGUUCCCUAUUCUAUUCUAUACCACUGUGUAUAUCGGCGAACUGCACAAGCGGGUUUCCCCUCCCCCAGGAGACGACAGCUCAGCUCUAGCAUUGGAAGAGGAGGCUACACGUCUUGGUGCGCGCGCACUGUUCUAUAGCGCGCUGGUAUCCCUCGCAGCAAACAUCAUCAUGCCUUUCUUCGUCGUUGAUGCAAAAGAAGUUCCUACCUUGCAUCUUCUUCGACCGAAGAAGCCAUGGUUAGAACGUGUUCGGGUCCACCUGGCUACACUCUGGGCAUUGUCUCACUUCAUGUUCGCAUUCUGCAUGGCUGCCACGUUUGUUGUAUCAAGUGUUAGCGGUGCUACCUUCAUCAUGUCGGUGACAGGAUUUUGCUGGGCCAUAACACAGUGGGCCCCGUUUUCGCUGCUCGCAGAGGCAAUAUUAUCCCAUCCCACAACAGAUGAAGAGACGGCGUCAAUAUAUGUCGAGGACACGCGCUCGGAUCGAAGAUCCAGGACGGACGACGAUGGGCAAGAUGACGAUGAAACUCGUCAUCUCGUCGAUUCUGACCUCGAGGACCCGGCGUACUCAAGAACUGUGUUGCCAGAACAAGAUGAGGAUGGUCACUAUCCGAUGAUCAUGAUGAAUAACGAAGCACAAGUCAGCCAGAUAGAUAUAAAUGUCUCGUCAACUCAGAUGCCUCAUGAUGCAUCGCCUCUUCAUAGGCCAAAAAAGAACCUCAAUGGCUUGAGUUCGCAGGCUGGUGCCAUUCUUGGCAUCCAUAAUAUGUUCAUCGUCAUACCCCAAUUUCUUGUCACUGGUUUGUCGUCGAUCAUCUUCGCAAUAUUAGAUCCCCAGAAAUCUGUCCUACACGGUCAUCAUCCGGGCAAUGCUAUGCCUGUCAAUGGCACGGUCGCUACGUCAGGAGACGUCAUGCGACAACUUUUAGAUCGAGAUGAUAAUUCCUCCGUCAAGGCAGGUCCCAAUUCAAUCGCAAUAAUCUUUCGGUUGGGAGGCGUGGCUGCAACCGUGGCUUUCGUCCUAUCCUGGCGCCUGGCUAGGGAGUUGAAACGCACAUGA